UUAUCAGCCGCCCCAUGAGCAAGACUAUCAUACGACUAAGGGGAGACAAUUCACAUAAAAAUGUAAACAAACAUGGCUGACAGAUCUAAUUGAAAAAUUGUUGAUCUUGCUUGAUUAAUUAAUUGAUCGCAUUUACCAAUGUUCUUUCGGCUGAAUGCAUAAAAUGGGAAAAAUCAACAAGAUCCUAGUUUGCGGAUUUUCUGGAGUUGGCAAAACAUCUCUGAUAGAACAACUAUUGUAUGGAAACCACAAAAUUGGCAGUCCUAUGCAUGCCACUAUUGAGGAUAUAUACAAUGCCGUAAUUGAGACUGACCGUGGAGUUAAAGAAAGAGUUCGAAUAUAUGACACAGCAGGAUUGGAUGCUAUAACAGACAUGCCUAAACAUUAUCUUACUUUUCCUGAUGGUUUUGCUCUGGUUUAUGAUGUGACAAGCUGGGAUUCAUUUCAAAGAUUAGACACUUUAAAAAAAGAAAUUGAAAAAAUGAGAGACAAGGUGAGUAUUAUAGUUAUUGGUAAUAAAAGUGAAGUCAACGAAGCUCGACAAGUAGAAUUUAAUACAGCUUUAAAAUGGUCAACUAAAGAAAAAGUUCGAUUAUGGGAAGUUUCGGUUGCUAAUCGACAAUCUCUAGUUGAGCCAUUUAUUUAUCUAACAUCAAAAAUUACACAGCCACCUAGCAAGUCAACAUUCCUGCCAGGUAGAAAGACAAAGUCGGCUGUUAGCAACAGUGUAGAAAGUUGAAUUUAUAAUAGAAGGUUGAAUUAAUAAUAACAGAACAUUGAAUCAAUAACAGUGUAAAAAAGUUGAAUGAAUAACAGUGUAGAAAGUUGAAUAUUUUAGUUGGGACUUUAACUGCUGUCUGAAUAUUAAAGGACACAGAUGUUUCUAGAUCACAUUUUUUUGUUAUUCGACAUGGAGUUAAAGGGGAAGACAGUAAUAACUACAGUAGUAGAAUUACAACCAUCACUUGAGAUUUUGAUUAACUAAUUUGAACUAUAAUAAGCCUUCUGUUUCAUUGAUAAAUUUUCCCCACUGUUACAAUUUUCAGCUUUAUAAACCUUUCUAUAUUUACAUAGUUUACAUAAAUUAAUGACAAUUUUCAGCUUUAUAAACCUUUCUAUAUUUACAUAGUUUACAUAAAUUAAUGACAUCACUUUGUGUAGCAGACUUGAAAAUAGACAGGUUGGGUGGCCCAGUGGUUGAAUGCAUAAGCUUUAGAUUUUAAAAUGGCCGGCGUUCUGAUUUUGGCUUGUACGUGACAAGGAGUAGGGUUUUCUGUCCAACCCCAUGUGUUUCUAUGGUCCUUUGGUUGCCUACCACUCCCACUGCUGAAGAUAAUAUGUUUGUCCUGAAUUGGGACAUUAAACCCCAUUUCCCUCCGCCCCCAGUCCCCACCCUGUUUUAGACUGACUUUAAACUCUUGUUAAAUAUAGAUACAUUCAUAAAGCUACAAAGUACAAUUACAGGGGAGGGUGGAUAAAAGAUAAAGGAAGCACAAAAUCAGAAAUGAUUGUAAUCUAUAUGUAACCAGAGACAAGAUUGGUACUAGUGUGACUUGCCCUUUAAUGAAACUAUAUAUAUAUUGAUCUAGUACUGGUAAUCAACUGUAAAGAUAACAUUAUUUUUUUGGUCUCAUAUGACGCAUUAUCUAAAAUUGCAUAAAAAUAUUAUUGUAUCAAUAUUAUUGCAUUAUGUUUAAAUGUGUAUUUUUUUUAUUCAAAAUAAUUUAUUUAUUCUGUAUGUUGUAAUUAUUUCUAGAGUUGGUAAUUUUUUGAUUGUGUAAAGAUAUGCCUUAGCCUUCUUCUAAUAUAUCAUGAUUGUCUUUUGCAUUUACAAUAUGUACAUAUUCUGAAGGUCCCAUACACUGUGAAAAUGCUGGCCUGAAACAAAUGUACAUGUAUUCCACGGCAUUUAGUAUUGAACUGGAAAUACACAGGACAUAAUUUCUAUAACAUACAAUUACUGCUUAUUACUGGAUCAUAAGGUCCAGUGGGGUGGUUUUGAUUCACCCGCUUGUACAUAUCAAGGAAUAGGGUCUUGUCCAACCUCAUGGAUUCCCUCCUGAAAUGACCUAUUUUGUGAUUUGAUUUUGUGUGGAGUGGGCAUUAACCCCCCCCCCCUCUCUCUCUCUCUCUCUCUCUUUCUCUCUCUCUGUCAAAAUAUUAUACAGUGAUAAACAAUGAUUGUAUUCUAUAUUGUCUAUGGCAUAGAAUGGUGUUUGAGUUUGUCCAAUCUAUUGAAUCAAUCAGCAGUGUAUGCUAUUUUACUUAAAUAAGGAAUUUCUCAUGCACUUCUCAUUUAUUUGGAAAGUUAACAUAGGUAAUAAGUUAUUGUCUAUCUUUGUCUGAAAAUAUUUUAAUUUGAAUAAUUUUUUUUUAUUUAUUAAACAAUAUUCUAUUCAAAAAUUGAAAUUUUAAGAUAUUUUGUCUAUAAAUGUGGGAACCUAGUCAAAUUUGUCAAAUUCCUCUAUCCAUGACAAUAAUAUGUAUUAAAGCGAUAAUUUCAUAUUUUUAAGUUAUAUUUUUAAAAUGUAUUAAAAUAAAGCCUUAAAAUAGAUGGUAUCUAUAAACAGUCCUACCUUGUUAAAGAAUUAUCCUAUUAAUCCUAUAAUUCACUAUGGCCAGUUGAGAAAUUGGAAAAAAUAUCAUUUUCAACUUCAAAUUCAAACGUUUGAAGAUAGCUAUUCCAUGGGGGUAAUAGAAAAACACGGGAGGUAAUUGUGUUAUUAUUUCCGGGGUGAAUGAUUUUUAAGUGUGGGAAUGAUACCUAUAAUCGUAUAAUAGUGAGUUGACAACCUAUUGAGCAAAAGACAUAGAAAUAAUUAUGUUUUGACUUUCUUAGAAAAUAUGAAAUUCUCGCUUUAAGAUAAUAUUGGAUUGUAAUUUUCAUUUAAUCUUUGUAUCUUUUUAUAACAAUAUAUAUAUGGAGAGAUUUUUAUAGCUCCAAAUUGCUUUAGUUACUUUAGUCUUUUUAACGCACUUUGAGAACAUCAUCUAGCAUCUAAUAUUUUGGUUUGAAUCUUAGAAUAUGACAGUGACAAAUAUGUGUGGUUUAAUGGUUGAGAGCAUAUGUGUGCAUAGUGGUAACCAGGGCAAUGGUAUAUUCGAGACUUAGCCUUGCUUUCCCAUUUUUAAAUUAAAUUUUUAUAUGGCGAACCGUUCUAAUCUAGUUAAAAUCAUCGAGGGUUGAUUAUGGUCUUGUUUUGUUAAUAUAACAUGUUUAUAUAACAUUUCAGGCCUCAAGAAAAACCUAAACUAGGCAGAUUUAGCUCUUGCAUAAUGUAUGUUUAAAUAACUUAAAAUACAUUCACAUGCACAUGCUUUGCAAUGAAAUACAUCACGCAGGCAAUGUGCCAAGUCUACAUUAAAUAGAUCAAAGGAUAACAUGACAUCUGUUUUUUAAUAGUAUAGAUAAUAUCAUAGAUUUGUAUCAAAUAUAUUAUUUCAAUAAAAAUGUGCUAAUAUGUUAUAUUCAUGUGUUUUGUAUUAAAAUAUAUUUAUCAUUUAA